GCCCCACUGUGGUCCCUUCCAGCCUGACCCAUCCUAGGAUUUUGUGAUUCUGUGAGUGCAGGUGUUCUCAUAAUCUGUGUUAAAAUCCUAACUUAGAAGCCACUUAUAAACUCAGUGUUAAAUUCUUGGUGUGUUGUACAGAAAGUGAGGAAUGAGGGGAAGUCUCCAGAGCACAAAAGCUUUAGCUUGCAGUCUCCAGUGAGACAGGAGGAACACCUUUCUUCUCAAAAAAGGUGUAACAGGAUCAGAAAACGUGAUACUAUAUACAUUUCUGUGGUGGUCUGAGCUUGUCUAAAGGAUAUUAUUGGUGUGCAUAUCCAUCUUGCAUGUGAAGGUAAGGACUUUCUAGAAGGGCUAAAGCAAGCUGCUCAUUGGGGAGUUAGUGCUGAAAAUGAAAUUUGGGUGGUGGAUCUCAUCCCUAGCUGUGGUUUCUGGAUUGUUAUCACCUCCCUUUUUUCUGUUGGUUCCCCAUGUUUUUUGAGGGAGGGGAACAAUUUGCAAUGGAGGCACGCUGAGGUGCUCAACCUCCACUACCAGAAGGCUCAUUUUUGCUUUCUGUUAAGGACAGGAGUUGAGUGCUCCUUCACGUGCAACAGGCCCCGGUGUCCUGUGAAACACACGGGCCCAGGAGAAAGGCCUGACCUGUGCCUCAGCUGGUGUCUGCUGGCGUCAGACCAGCCCCACGUGCUCAGAGCAGCUGAGGGAGCCUGUCUCUGUGUGCAGAGCUAAGCUGUUUGCCUCAAGGGCAGCCUCAGCCAGGCUGAAGGACUUAGGAUGAGAUGGAUGCUUCUGUACUUCCCAUGUAGUUUUUUUAAAUGUUUCCAUCAGUCUACUGCUAUAGCCUUGAGAAAGAGGAGGGAAGCCUUCCCUGAUGACUCCAGGGGUAUGUGUAUCCUUUAACAGCCCCAGGAAGAGAAUGCUGGCUUCCCAUAGUAAGGGUUUCCUGGAGGGAGAAGCUGAUCAGCUUCCCAGGGUCACCAAGUCCUCUGGCACUUCUGCUUUGUUAGGAUGAGUGUGCCAGGGACACCGAGGCUCGGAUGGUCUCUGUUACAGCCCCAAUUCUACAACUGGGGAGAGGCAGCAUAAUUCUGCUUUACUGCCUUCCCCUGUUUGAAGGCUCAGCCCAGAGGAUUUGUUUAUCAGCUCUUCCACAUGCCACAUUUCAGCACGAAAAUUCAGAGUGUUACAAUGCCAGCGAGAAUGACGUUUAAUUUUAGCAGACACCUCCUUGCUGUGUGUGGGAAGAUGGGCUUUGCUGGGCGCUGAAGCGCACAAUAAGGCUGUUAUCGAACAUUCCCAUGCUGGUGGGAAUUAGAAGCAGCACAGUUUUAAAAAUCAGCAAAGCUGUGCUCACUUUAAACCAGUCUGCUUUCCAAGUCUUCACAUGGGGCAUUUUGCAUUUGCUGUCCCAAGAGACAAAUGGAAGACUGAGGGUCAUAUUUUCUCUGGAGCCCCAUCAGUUAAUAUCUGCUGAGCCCCUGACUGGGAAUGCUUAUUCCACCAAGUGUGUCAGAUUUGCUGCCCUGUUUUGCAGUAACUCGUGCAGUGCCUGAAGCAAUGCAUAAAACCAGGGCUGGAUACACCAGUGACCAAGCAAAAAAAGGCUCAGUUCCUUGGGAAAGAAGGACUUUUUGGAUCACCUCUACAGAGAGGGAGAGGAAGGGAAAGGAAGGGAAGAACAGCGCGUGAAGGAGCUGUGCAAGAGCGGGUGCAGAGGAGGAUGAGUCACCUCCAGGCUUCAGCUUGGGUGGCAAGGGAAGCGCUUCCACCUCCAAAACACCUCCUCCCCUUGCUUUUUCACUGCCUUGCUGAGCUCAGGUUCUGCAGUGACCCCCAGAUCUGGGCUCAGAGAAGGACAGUGGCAGUGCCCCAGCAUGGGAAGGUCAGGGCAGGAAAGCACAGCACCUCCUGUGGGGAUGUCACAGCCCUGUGCCAUCAGCAGCUGGCAGAGGACUGGCCACGGGGCUCUGGGUAAGUCUGACUCCCUCAUGUUUUAUGUAGUCACUUAGCACUCAGCACUGGGGGAGGCAGCACCAGCAAAUCAAAGCAUCUCCAGGUCUUUACACUCACUUUGCUUGCUUGAUGUCCCACACAGAGAAAUUACCUCAGAGCCCUCAGCCAAGAGCUUCACAGCUGCAUAUUGCAAGUGCUGCCUCAAUACCCAGCACUGGGGCAGCAAAAGGGAUAUCUCCCCUUAUUUGAAAAAUGACACUCAGGCAUAAAGUCUCAGCUAAUUGUCUGGGCUCUUCUGGGUGCUUUAUUUUGUCAGUACAAAAUCAAAGCAGUGCUAACUGGUGAUUCAUGGCAAAGCUGACAGGCACAGUGACUCAACUCCCAAUAACACUGGUUUGUCUCCAGAGUCUCUGGGGUUGCUGAAGACAUCCAACUUUCAGGUGGGUAAAUUUAGGUGAGAAGAAUCAUAUCCCAGGAAGCAAUUUCUGCUGCCAUCUCUUGCCUUCCUCUGCAAACAUCUCCAGCGAGAGGUGUGCGGUGACUUGUGUAAAAUGUUCUCUUCACAAUGAAGCAGCAGCUCUGAAAUGAAUAUUAUGAAAUGUCAGUGGCUCUGCCCAUGGACCGAUGGCCAGCUUGUAAGAGAGUAAUUAUUUGACCUGGACUGGGGGAUGUCAGGCGUAGAAAACCACAGUCUGAAUGCUCAGCUUGUUUUUACCCACAGAAAUUCACUUAGAGACAGAUCUCAGGGGUUACUCUGAAAUCCACAGAAAAGUUUCUGUACAAGCAGAAAAUUUGCCUAUCAGAGCAAAGCAGAGUGAUCAGGUGGCCAAAUCAAUAUGAAAACUAGCCAAACCAAAACAACCUCCCCCCCAACAUGCUAUAAACAGCACCAUUGUUUUGGAAAUACCCACCUCUUAUUACUUUAGAAUAAAAAGUAUUUCUCUGAUAGCAUUAAUCCUUCAUGCAUAGGUGAAGUACUUUUUCCAGACCACUAACACCAAUGAAGAUGUCAGAUAUGCUAUGCUAUCAAAACAAAUGCACAAACACAGUAGAUGUAAAUCUUUAUUCCUAAAUUUCUAUUUAUUCCUAACUUGAAACCAGCUGGCUGGGUGUCUGUUCAGUAAAUCCCAAUCUAAACAAUAUUACACAAGAGAUCAGUCCAUGGGUUUUAAAGAGAGCUGGAGAAAAUUGCUAAUAUUCAUAAAUAUUAAAUCAGUUGCUUAUUAAGUGUUUUCUCUUAUUAAACUGCUGAAAAGUUGCUUAUUUGAACUUGUUCUGCCAUUGACAGAAAGUUGUCUUCAGAAGCUGAUAUUAAAUACAUAGAAAUGUCUUUACAAUCAUGGUGCAGGUUUGUACUCAUGGUACUCUUGUGUCACUGACAUAAUGUAGAGUUUUCCAAAUGUGCAGCACAUUACAGGCCUCUAGUGGUAGAAAUGGAAAAAAAAAAAAACAAACUAGCUUAGGAUCCAUCUUAACUGUAACAGUUCCUGAUGGUACUAAAUUCCAGUCUUAACAAAUUAUGUAAUGCUUUCUGUUUAUAGAUUUGGCCUUGUAAUUUGCUCACCUGAGGGAAAUGGAAAUUCAGCAGAGAUCAGAGAUGUCAGUGACAAUUCUCUGUUAAUUUGAAAGAAAAAAAACCCGAGAAAGUAAACCAAGUUUAAAAAAAAAUAAAAAGAAAAGCACAUGGUGCACGGCCCUAGUCUUGCUCAAUUAAUUAAUUAAUUGCAGUAGCCAAAAGAGGUAGAAUGCUGCGAGUCUGGCAGGUUACAAUCAUGCCACACCACACCUGCCUGGGCUCCAGACUUACCACCCUUUUUUCUGCCAGGUCUGCAUGGGCACAGGACUCUGCCAGUCCAUCUCAAAGCCUGGCUGCUAUCACCUCCCUGUCAGAUUCAGGUGAGAGGUGUCCAGGAGCAUCCUCCUUUCAGCCCUUGCAAAAGGAGCAUAUCCUCCUGCCAGGGUUGAUCUCGCAGCAUUUAACGUUUGAUUUACUCAGCACAAAUUUAUUUAUCUAGCACAAAGCACAAGGCAGUGACUAAGCAAUCACCACAGGGUUGUUUGGUGAUUUGGUUUUGGUUUUCUGGGUUUUGUUUUGUUUUGUUUGUUUUAAUUGCAAAUUUUCACUAAGAUUACUAAUAAUAUUCUCAAACUCUUAAUUUCUGAGAUAAAUAUGCAAACUUAUACUACUCAAAACUCUCGGCAUUUUAUAUGUUUUUAAGGGAGUUAACACUGUGGAGAGGAGUACUAUAUGUAAAAAAACAGAAAGGUGAGAAGUGACAGAAGUGAUUGAAGGUUUUUUUCCCCCUGGGUAUUCUUUAUAGGAAAAUGGGGUUUGGUCACUGGUUACUGCAUUUUGAUGGAGAAGUAGGCAAAUCUGAAAGGCUUCAGAAGAGAUCAAAUGAAAUGCUGUAUACCUGGGGACUAAAGAGCUGUGGAGGAAAAGCUUAAGGUCAUAAAAAUCUCUGUAUGAACAAAGACCAUGGAAGAAAUUAUGGCAGAAGAGGGUGAAAUUCUGUUGAGGGUGGCAUUCAAAUCAGAACAUCCAUAUUUGGCAGUGAAUGCAUUCCUUUAAGCAUCAUCUUGGGCUUAAACAUCUUUAGGCCCUCUCUUGGAUCUAUGGAAGGGACUUGGAUCUAUGGAAGGUCUCUUGGAUCUAUAGAAGGUCUACUGGAAAGUGUCCCUGCCAAUGGCAGGGGUGUUGGAACUCGGUGAUCUUUAAGCUGCCUUCCAACCCAGGCUAUUCUAUGAUUUACACUCGCCAGUCCUGUCCAGGGAAUAUGUGAGUUGAACCACUUUGGUACAAAUAGUGCCAACAUUUCUCAAACAUUCCCUCUCAUGACCCACAGUGAAAAAAUCUUUAAUUUAGCACCAAAGUCCAGUUGCAGGGCAUCCUGAGUGACAUCUCACAGCAGUUCUGCAGCUUCCUCAGGAGAGGAAAAGAGGGGCAGGCUCUGAUCUCUGCUCUGUGUGACCAGGGACAGGACCCAGGGAAUGGUUGGAGCUGGGUCAGGGCAGGGUCAGGGUGGUUAUCAGGGAAAUUUUCUUCUCCCAGAGAGUGCUGGAACACUGAACAGGCUCCCCAGGGAUGGUCACAGCCCCAAGGCUGCCAGAGCUCCAGGAGCAUUUGGACAAUGCUCUCAGGGAUGCACAAGGUGGGAUUGUUGGGGUGUUUGUACAGGGCCAAGAGCUGGACCCAAUGAUCCUAGAAUCAAGAGAGUCUACGAUCCUAUUGCUAAAUCAACUCUUAGAACAGAUUUCUUGCCGCUAUUAAAUGUUCUCAAGUAUAGAAGAAGAGACUGUGAUGCCUGAAACAUGGCUAAAGACUCAUGGCUACAUGGUAAAAAAAAAAAAACAAAAUCAGGUAAUAAAAUAACUGGCAUAAGUCCCUACUCCACAGCAGAGGUGAUUUCCUCAUAGUGCUGAAGGGUGGGUUAUUCUAUUAAUUUAGGGCCACAGCUGGUCUGUCCUCUCUAUGAGAAAAGGCUGCCAUUCAUGGGGUGGAGACCUUGCUGCCCCCCUCCCACAGUGGUGAAGGAGUGUCACCUGCUCCCCAGGACACCACUGUGAGCUCUCAAAUGUGACAUGAGGCCCUUCUCUCAUCGCCUCUUAGUGCUGGCAGCUGGUUUUUGGCUAAGACAUUGCUCCUGCGGAAGGGGCUGGGCAGGUGAGGCCAUGAAAUCCUGAAGUGAACACUUUUGUAAGCAGAUGGAAGGGAUCUGUUGGUGACUUGUGUGGAGGGCAAUUCUGGCACUGCACAAACCAGCGUGGUGACUGCCUGUGCUGGCAUUCAGCAGAGUCCUAAAUGCGUGCCUUUGGAGAUGCUUUUCCAAGGGGCAGCUGGAAGCCUCCAAAUAUCUCUAUCUUUCUUACCUAGUUAGCACAGAGACGGAACUAUCAGCCUGGAGCUCAGCAAAUUAUCCUAAUUUCAGUGCACAAUCUCUGAAGUCUUAAAGAAACCCAUGAGCCAUGUAAACAUACUUUUGCAAAAGGAGGCCCCUUUUUCUUCUGUCUGCUUUCUUUAUAUCAUUAGUUUGGGCCUUGCUAGCUACAGUCAUUAUAUUAUAUUCUAAUUGUCUAAAUCUCCUGACAGAAAGUCAUUAAAAGGCUUCCUUCAUCUGCUCUGACAGAUGAAGACAAAUUGUACACUCUCCAUUUUUUUAACAGAGUGUGUGACCUGCAUACUCAGAAGCAGGUUUCUUUCCAAGGUAAGUGCCUGCUCUGUACUCCAUCGUGUCUCCUGCGGCAGAGGUCAGUGGUUUCCUCUCAGAGGGGUGGUUUGUUGCCUUCAAGCUAGGAGAAUCCUCUACCAUUGUGUUUUUCCCACACUGGUGUGUAGAAGACUGUGUCUCAAAGCACUGUGCGGCAAGAAGGACUAACCCACAAACCAAAGCAGCAUGUACAACCAAUCCCAAAUGGAUCAGUUCCAAACUUCUCACAGUGGUCAAGAUAAAAAGGAAGGAUGAAGUCUGUUGAAGUACCUUGAGCUAGCCCACAUCAUCCCUCAGGAUUUGGCCUGUAGCCUGACAAGACUAGUGCCUGUAGGCCAGGUUAACUUUCCCUAGAACUUCAUGCAGUUGCAGGAGAAUAGAAAGCAGGAGGAAAGGAAAUUCCUGUGUGCUACUCUGGCUCAUUUGUUGCCACCUUUACCAGGACUAUACUUGCCAGCAGCAGCGAUGAUAUUUACAGUUCUUGUCAUGAACAGAUUACCUUUCUGUAAGGAUUCCUAAGAACAAAACAGUAAUUAAACCUCAUAAUGCCUUGGGGAGUUGCAAAGGAGUCAUGUUACUUUUAUAAUGCAGCUCUGCAGCUGUUUGACUGUGUAUGGCACUUCUAUUAUUGACUGAUUCACCACAGGCCCAAGGAAUCUGAACUGGAGGAGUCCCAACCACAUUCUUUUUCUGCAAUAAAUUGCAGAAGACUGGCAGUUUUUUCUCCAGUCAAUCACCCACACUGUUUUCAGAGAAUCCCAAAAUGGUUUGGGUUAGAAGGAACCUUAAAGAUCAUGCAGUUCCAACCCCCUGCCUUGGGCAGGGACACCUUCCACUAUACCAGGUUGCUCAGAGCCCAAUCCAACCUGGCCUUGAACAGAGUGAUCAUGACUUUGACAGCAAUACAUAAAAUCCAUUCAAAGUCCUGCCCAGUAGAGAUGUUUCCAUUUUUUCCUGUGUGGAGGAGUUUGUUGCCUCAGUAAGGAUUUUAUGUCACUGUCUUUUGUCAUGAGUUACUUUAACUUAAGGUGAAAUUUUCUAUUUUACACACAGAUAGAGAUUUAGGAUGGAUCACAACAAAACUGAAUCUUUUUUUGCUAUUGUAAAUAUAAGGAAAUUUCAGGAAGGUGUCUGCUGUUCUCCACAGAGUAACUGCUUUAGAGGACAGAGAUCAAAACAAUCUGUGCUGCCUAUUGGCUCCAAAAUUCACCAUUGGAAGUUGGAAAGUUGAACUGCUCAUUUUCUGGCUCCUAUAAAUAUCUGUUCUAUUUGGCUUCCAGAUCACCGGGAGCAUCUGUACCAGAUCAUUAGAGGAGGAAAGAGGAUUUUGCAUCCUCAAUUUUUAUUGCUGCCAUAAAUACUUUGGUAGUCAUCGCAUAGGGAAUCAGACUCUGCAGAGCCUGCAAUCUGCAUGUUAGACACGAUCCAGUGCAUUGCAGGCAUGGGCAGGAGAAAGGGAGGAGCAGGCAAAAUGGGAAUAAAAGGUGAAGUGGAAAGAGCUGGGGAUACAUCACAGUCUGGUUGACCACCAGCAAUUUGCAGGCAUAAUUAGGGGGAAAGGUUUGAUGAUAAAAAGGAGCCAUACUAAUUUCUGUGGGGACGUUUCUCCAGGUGUAGGGCAGGAACAGAAGGGGAUGAAAGCAUAGUACCAUCCCAGAGGGAUCCAGAUCAGUUUAAUCUGGUGGACACACCUUUGCAGAGGGAGGAUGAUAUGGGUAUCUGCCAGGCAAGCAAAAAAAAAAGGAAGAGUUGUCCUAGACUUCCAGAAUCUCCAUGAGGCUAACAGAUGUUGAUGUGGUAAUUCAGAGCAUCUGAUUUAAAAAGAGAAUACAUUAUUUUCUUUCAGCAGCAGCAUUACAAUUACAAGAACAUCCUCUUUCCUACAGUGCGAACCCCAGACAUUUGCAGGUGGCCUGGACAACAUUUGUGCUUCGGAAGAAGCAUCUGUUAUGACUGGCUUAUUUGAUCAGCUGAGUGCACAUAGUGGAGGAAUAUCAGAAACUAGAGGGGAGGAAAAAAAAAGGAAACACAAUCUUUAUAAUCCUUUCUCCAAUGGCAGUGGAUGUUCAGAGGCAAGUUCUAUUAAGUGCUCUCCCUUCAAUAGGAACAACUGGUCAGAAUUAAUUUCUCAGCUCAGCGCUGUUGGUGGGUUUGUGUGGGAGUGAAAUAGAAGAGGAAAGUUCUCAGAAGCACCGAAACAUUCAAGUAUCACCAAGAGACAGGUACAUGGAGAUUCUGUAUUUCCUUGAUUAAAUGGGAAAAAAAAAGAGACAGCAGUCAUCAGCACUGUGCUCUCAUUACGUGAGUACUGCACUAAUUAUAGCAGGAAUUCAAUCUGUGCUCUACCCAUGGCUCCAGCAUAUUGGAGAUGCCAUGAGGUCUGGGUUUGGAGAUCCACAGGCUGCAUCUAUCGGAUGAUCAAGUUUGUUCAGUGUUCUUUGUAGAGCUCUAGGACUAGAACAAUAUUCCUGGCACCCCUUGGAUGUCUAAAUGAAGACUCAUUAGCUUCUCUUUCUUUUGGCUUCUCGCUCCUUUAAUGCCAACAUCUUGGCAUAAAAACCUUGUUGCUACCAUGAUGCCUAAGGUUUGGUUUUUGGUUUGUUUGGUUUUUUGUUUUUAUUUUUGGAAGAAGUUGUUAUAAGCCAAUUGAUCAAUACAUAAUCUUAAGCUCAUUUCUGGGAAGUUUUUGGAUGAUGCAUUAAAUUUUGGGAUCAGCAUUAAGUCCCUUCUCCUUGUCAGUCACAGUACAAUUUUGAAAUAACGCUGAUUCAAGACAUGCUGAAAAGACAGCAGAUUUUGAGAUGAAAGCCAAAAGUUUCUGAGUUCUCUAGGCCUAGGAGUUACUUGGGAAUGUAUUUUGGAGACAGGGCUCCCACAACCAAGACUAAUGCUUAGCCAUAAAGGUACAUCACGAGAGAAGGUUCUUAUCUCAAAGAAAUGACCAAGUAAGUAUGAAGGCUGACAAAAGGUGGGUCUAAAAGCAAAGAGGACUCAAUUCAGAUGCCUGUACAUAGGUAGGUGUCCAGUGCCACUGGAGAUGCCUUAAGAUAGGUCUGACGGUAAUUUACACAAGAGUUGAUGCAGUCUCCCCAGUUCUAUGUACAGAGACAGUCUGCUCAGUAGCUCUGCCAAAAAUCCCUUCCUGUAAUCUCUUCUAAACCUUUCAAGGUCUGUGCAGUUGGUUGCAUGGAGCAUAAGCAAGGCAAUCAAGAAACAGAAUCCCUGUGCCAGAAGCAUCUUCAGCUGCUUCACUGGGCCUCUUAAAGGCUUCUUUUUGCUGUGAGUUUGGAUUUUUUUCAUGCACAAGAACUUUGUGGAUUAGACCCAGAUGUACUGGAAAGUUUGGUGAGGUCUUCAGAGUGUCUUAGUGUUGGCUGAUUGUCACCUGAAACCACUGCAUUUCCCCAGAAGCAUAUAUAAACUGGUAAUUGCAUAUAAGCAAAACUAACUCAGCCAUUCAAUUAUUAUUCUGUAUAAAUUCUAUAUCUGUGAAAACAUUUAUUAUUGUUUUCCCCAUUGUUGAGAGAGUACUCAUAAAGCCAGCUGUCAUUUAUUUCUGUUGCAAGCAAUUGAGAGCUGAGGUAGUUGUUUAAAAGCACGAAUUAGAGGAGAUGACAUGAACCUCCCUUGGCAGCAUAUUCACAAAGAUAUUAUUUCAAGAGUUCAGAGCUUGCUCUGGAGCACAUUUGCCAAGGAGCAAGGUAGUGCUUCAUCUGCUGGAAGUGUGGACAAUACAAUCCUUGGACUUCUCCUGACUCGUAAAUGUGUUACCCAUAAGCAGUUUGUUUAGCAAGAGUCCAGAUGUAGAUAUGAGCUGAGGAAGAGAUCUGUGGGUUUGUCACCUUCCUUCCUGUUCUGUGGCAUCCUCAGCUCUGAUAUUUACCUCUCACUGAAGCCAAUUCCAUGCAUAAGUUACCAGUAUUUUUUAUUAUCUACAUAUAAUAAACUACAUCUGAAUAUCUGCAUGCAUCAAACACUUGAGCAGCUUGAUCCACUUGAAUUGCAUAGGAAGCGAAUUUGAUGCCAUUCAGGAGUUCCAAGGGCCAGGUAUGUGCAUUUUUCGCCCCAUCCCUGGAAGUGUCCAAGGCCAGGCUGGAUGAGGCUCUGAGGAAGCUGGGCCAGUGGAGGGUGUCCCUGCCCAUGGUAGGGGGUGGAACUGGAUGAUCUUUGAGGUCUCUUUCAACCCAAACCGUUUUGUGGUUCUGUAAUCUGCCAAGUCUCUGCUGUGGGGUCCAGAGCAGCACCAUGACAUAGCCUGUGUAUCCAGAUGAGCGUGGCCCCCUGCUCCUUGCCUUUCUCAAGCAUUAGAACAGGUCUCCUUUGGUAAUCUGUCCUUUUAGUACAGUUCUGGUUGGAAGCAACAGCAGUACAGGACCAACGAGCAAAAGCUGCACAGUCCAGAAGCCCUCAGGAUUGUUCUCCUGAUGAUACUUGCUAUUGAUAAUGAUUUUGUGGCAAACACUUCUAAACUAUGCGGGAGAUAGCCAGGUUUUUCACUGGUUAAUAUAUUUUUCCAUCUCGAUGGAGUUGUCUGAGCUGUCACACAUUCUGCAUAACUGAGUUCCUUAUUACUGUGCCUGUCAUUCAUGUCCCUGCAAUCCCCUUUUUUCUUGCCAAAUCACUGAAUUAAAAACCCAAUUCACUUUGGCACUAAGAGCUCCCCUAAUACUAUUUCAGUGAAGGAGCAAUUUUGGGGGUUAUUCUUCUACUUAGUUCUUGCUGAAAGUAAAAGUUCUGAGGCUUUUGUGUGCAGUCCCUGCAGAGCUGCCCUUCACAGUUGUGCUAAAAUUCAUCAAAGGACACCCAUUCCCGGAGUGUAAAAGUACCACAUUGCUGAGGACAUCUCUCCAUCUGCCAGCCAUGCUAGUGAACAUCUGCAACAGCACCACUGGGAGUACUUCAGGAAGAGGGAAGGUUUUAAAAAAAUGACAUGGGUUUCAUGAUAUUAAAAACAAAAAUCCAGUUUAUGUGAACAAUAAAAUAGUUUGCUCCAAAUUAAAUUUGUGAAAAUUCACUACAGGUGAUUAUUUUUUCACCACGGUAAAAAAUAUUUGAUGGAGAAGUUUUGUGUCUGUAAUUCUGAGUCUUAUACAUCAGUAUAAAUAACUCAACAAACAUUACUUAAACUACCUGAUAGAUAUAAUAAAAUAUAGUCCCAUCUACAUGUGACAGAUAGAAAGCACUGAUCUGAUUUAUCACUUCCAUUGAUUCACACAGAUAAAUCACUGAGCUCUUUUUAGGACUGGGGCACCAAAAAUACAGAAAUGAAACCUGCUAGUUCAUGAGCAAUUAGAAAACUUCAAGGAAAGGUCUUAAUAGAAAGCUCUGCAAGAAAGAAAAAAACCAAAACAACACCAAAAAAAGUGUGUAAAGUUCACUAUGAUUGUAAAGUUCACUAUAACUGUAAAGUCCACAAUAAUUGUCUCCCUGACCCUGGGUCAGCAAAAACCCAGUAUGCUACCAAAGGUCAGUCAAACCCUCUUCUAGACUGGAUUGCCCUUCUAAUGCCCUGACCCCCCAAAUUCAAAAUCUUCAUCCUAAAUCACCUUUCCCAAAAAUAUUUGUUUAAAUACUUCCAUGGUUUCCAUAAAUUACAGAAAUGCAGUAGCUGUCCAACAGCAUCAGCACGUGAUAUCUUUCAAUUAAAAACUCCCAACACAUGAUCUGCCUAAUUCCUAAAGCUGCUUUGAAAAGCUAAUCUUUGGUGUUUUGCCCUUCAAAAAGGUUUGUUAUGGAUCUGGUGACAGACACAAUACAGUGGUAUGAGAAAUGGUACUACCCUCUAGUUUAUUUGGAGUUUGCUAAUGAUCUGUGCCCACUGGAAAAAGAAGAGGAUGUAUCCACGCCCCAGGUGGCCCCAGGUGAUGAAGCUGAACCCCAUCACUUGGCUUUGGACUGUUUCUUGGAGAGUGGGGGUCCAGGGUCCUAGUUCUGCAUUGGUCCCCCCACGUGGGACUGAAUCACUGCAGCUCUCUGCAUUUUCCCUCGAUGCAGUUGCUGGAGAUCACUUGGUGUCUCUGUCACACCCCUCCAAAUAUUCUCCUGUCGUUAAAAACAGUGACUCCCCGAGGGACACAGGCUGGAUAUGAGGGGAUGACUCCAGCUGAGUUUUCCCUGCCUUGAGUGACUGAGACUGAGUGAGAGCAAGUGAGUGAGUGAGUGAGUGAGUGAGUUCUCAUUGUUCUCUAUCCCCUCAUUUGGUGGUCUGGACUUAUUUUGAGCACUCAAAAGUCUUGCUGUCAGCCCCUUGUGCUGGUCUGAAGGAGUGCUCCAAACAGACUGCUUUCCAGCUGUGAUCUUUCGUCUUUUACUGUCUGCAAAGCUGUCGUGGCAUGUCCUGCAGAAACCUGCAGAAGAAAUGCUGGCCCGGGUCCCACUUGGCCGGGCUGGGCUCCUGAGCAUGGCACUAAAGGUCAGUGGUUCAUUCCUGUGGAAUCCCAGGAAUCUUCUUCAUUUGUUUCCUCCUUCUUUCCAGUCCCCUAAUCAGAUAAACCGUGUGGGGAGAGGCAAGAGAGCGAGGGGAGGAGUAUGUGAUGUAACCUCUUAUUCUGGCUAAAUUGCGCGAUAACCCCACGGUGCCUGUGGCUCGCAGUGGGGUUUAGGUGGCACCUCUAGGAGACUGAAGAAGAUGGCCUGAAGAUUCACCACGGCUGUGGGAGACCUCGCAGGGGAUGCACUCACCUCCUUUGUGGAGAGGAAGGCUGCAGCUCCUUGUCUUGCCGGCUCUACCUGCGCCACGAGUGGCUGGGGCAGCCCUGGAGAAAGGGAUGCUUGGAGCCCCUUGCGCUGCUGCGGUGAGUCUGCUCCUCCUUCCUGCCUCUUCCCGAUGGGUUUGGGGGGAAGGAAGAGGAGUGAGCUGGACUGCGUGUGGGUUUUUUGGGGACUUGUAACCGUGUGGAAUCCCUGAGGGAUUGACUCUGAGCCUGCUGAUAAUCGCCGACUAAUCCGGGCGCUGGCAGAGUCCAUCCGGAUAACAAGGGCAUGUGGCUCUGAGUCAGGAUAGGUGUGACACCUCCCAGGGGUCUCUGGCUUUGUGUCAGAGGAACACCCGAGAAGGACUAACUGCAGGAGAGAAAUUUGGGGAUGUCUGUCACUGACACAAUGUGGGGCAUGGGUGUCACAGUCCGUGAGGAGGGGUAAAAGGAGAAAAUGUACUUUUCUCAAUGCCAGCAGGAGAUGAACCUGGAGGACGCUGCCCCUCUGUAUUUGCUAAUGGAGAGAACUGGAUCAGGUAGCUCAAGCUGUUGAAACUAACUGCAGAAAAGUGUUUUCUAGGAGAACUUCUAAGUGCCUUUGAAAACAUCUCCCUACUAAAGGAAAGAAGGGAAGAGGAGGAGGAUCAUAAUAUGUAUGAGUAUUCUACUUUAUAUACUAUAUUAAAGAAUCUGUCCAAGAUAGAACAAAAUUAAUGUAUAAACUGGGGCCUCAGAAAAACCAAAUAACCAGCUCUGUUAACACCUCUGGAGCUGCAGCAGUGCUGAAUGAAUCCCUAGCUGCCUUCCAGCACUGGGAAUAUCUAAUACUACCUGUGGAAAGAUGCAGUUAUGACACUUGAUGUUUGUCCUCACAUGAAUGUUGUGCCGGCACUGCUUUAGGAAAAAAUGCCAUGUGACUGAUUUCCCAGUGGUACUGGCAGUUCCCUCCUGGAUCUGGCAGAUCACAUGCAGCUGCUCAGAGCAUUUUUAGAGGUGAAAACUCCAUGCAAUAUCAAAAUCUGGAAAUUAAAUAAUAAAUUAUUAAAAAUUAUUUAUAAAUAAAAUCUGGAAGUUAAGUAGCUAAUCAUUGGGGGGGGGGGGAGCUUCUCUUUCUUCCCUUUUUAAAGGACACUUUAAUCCUGGUCUAAAAUUUAAUUUUUUUAGAAAGCAAACUAUUAUCCUUUCAUUAGCUGUAGUUCUUUUUCUAAAGAACAUCCUAAUUCCUGACUCAGUCAAGUUAAUUUCUUUCCAGAACUUGGGAUGGCUUCAACUUGGCAGAAAACUCAGGAAUUCUACAACUGGAUUCUUGAAAGUGGAGAUCCAAGGACAGACCCGUGGCCACUGGUUUACUCCCCACUUCCAGUCACCCUGAUCUUCACCUCCUACCUCUUCAUGGUGGCACUGGGACCGUCCUGCAUGCGGCAGCGGCAGCAGCUGGAGCUGAGGGCUCUGCUACUCACCUACAACCUGGCCAUGGUGGCAUUAUCCAGCUACAUGUUUUAUGAGUUUCUGGUCACUUCAGUCUUGGAUAACUACAGCUACCUGUGCCAGCCAGCGGAUUACAGCCGGAAUGGCAAGAGCGUGUUGGUGGUUCUUCUUCUCCAAAGUCAUCGAGCUGCUGGAUACGGUUUUCUUAAUUCUGCGCAAGAAACAGGAGCAGGUGACUUUUCUGCAUGUGUACCAUCACGGCUCUGUGCUCUUCAGCUGGUGGUCAGGGGUCAAAUACGUGCCUGGAGGACAAGCUACUAUGCCCUGGCCAGCCUGGGACCGCGGAUGCGCCAGCACCUGUGGUGGAAGCGUUACCUGACCAUCCUGCAGCUGUGCCAGUUUGUGGCCAUUGCUGCUCAUUCCUCCUACAACCUCUUCACAGAGUGCCCGUUCCCUGAUGGCUUCAACACCGCAGUCUUCCUCUACAUCCUCAGCCUCCUGGCUCUCUUCCUACGCUUCUACUAUCAGACCUACGUCAGGGGAAAGCGGGAAAAGCUGACUUGAAGGAAAUCAAAGAGGACAGAGAGCGCAGCCUGAUGAACAUGAGCAUUCUCUGCUGCUUGUGACAUGGUUCCAGGAAGGAAAUGUAUCUGGGGAGUGUGUGUGAGGCCCAUGUCUAGCCUUCAAAUAUCCCAGGUUAGGGAGAAGAAAGGAAUGAUGUAAACUCAGGGAUUAAGGAACUGAGGAGGCACACUUAAUUAAGCUGAGGCCAAGCUAAGCAAAGUCGUCACAAGCAUAACAGGCUUUGGGACAUUUGCAAGAUAAGGUCUUUUUCCCUUCCAUCUUUAACUUGGGGUCCAAGGUCUAGCAGCCAGCUACAACUCCCUGCCUCAUUUCUUAGGCUGUAGAGGGUUUCUUCGCAUCCACAGAACUAUCUCAGCUUGUUGUUGUAGGUCAGGCAGGGUCAUGUGCCUCCAGCUGGAAAUCAAUGUCCAGGUAGCAGCAGCAGCCAGGAAUCCACAGGAUGUACGCUGCAUCCCACCCGUCCUGCUAAGGAAGCUCCUACUAGACCUGGGGUGGUCCUGAUGGUUUAACUUCUUAUCAGUAUAAGCAGCAAGGAAAUUGGACAUUAGGUUGUCUGGCUGGACAGGUGUCUUCACUGUCUUGAAGCUAAAGAAGGCAUUAUUAGCACUUUCAUCCUAAUAAGAAACCAGUGCAGUAAGAGUCACCAUGUCCCAUUUUCUGGAAUGCUCAUUUCCCUUUGGUUGCUCUCAUACCAACAGAGGAUUUUAAUGCAUGAAGAUACUUGGUAUUGCUCCUUGUAAAUGCCAUAAUUGAACUAGAAAGAAUAGACUGAUGUUCCCUUUUCAUAACUUUUCUCUCCAAUCUGUUAUUAUUUUUAAUACUGUUAUUUUUAAAUUUUGCUUCUUGUCAAACAUAGAGUUUAACAACACCACAAGCAACCACCUCCACUACCUAAUUGUAGAAGAAUUAAUAUAAAAUGUAUAAAAUCAAUUCAUCGGGUAGUACAAAGCUGCAUAGCUCCAUUGAUUUUAAGAUAUCACUAACUGAAUUAUUUUUUUUGCUCCUAAAUCAUCUACAACCACAAUUUGGCACUUAUAUUCAUCUGCAGACUGUUAAAUACUGUUGAAGUUCUGAUGUGAUAGUACUUUGAAGAUCCUAAUUAAACUACAAAGUGGUAAUUAUUGAUUGAAUCCUGCUCAGCUGAUUAAAACUGGUACUACAGAGUAGUAGUAUUUUGUAAAACACAAAGAUGUUGAAGGAGAGGAUUGGAAUCAGUGACAUGAUGCACUGCCAUUGCCAAGCCAAAUCCAUCUCAAAUAUAAAAAAGUCUAACUCCUCUGGGAAUGUCCAGAGGACUAGAUCUAGCCUGAACAGCAAAUGGAUGUACCCCAAAAGACCUGCGUGCCCUUCACCAGUCUGGAGUCAAGUGGCUACAAAAAAUAAAUUCAACUUGUUCUUCGCUGCUCUGUGCUCACACCCCAAUCCUUUCCUUCAGCCCCUCCACACACAUGCGGAAGCUAAAACAAUAUUCUGCCAUUCCUCACCCUCCUCCCCUUCACACACAGCCACUAAGGACUUGUUCACACUGUCACAAGGUCACAUUAUCAGCGUCCUUCCUUUGAUUUGAGCAGUCUCUCUUCUGGUUGUGACUGGUGAGUAUGAGAAUCACUGCAUCCGUGCUGGGGAAGAGGAAUCCACCACCUUCGUUUUUUUCCUGUCAACUAUUUUAACUUGCAAAUAAAUUAAUAAAUAGUGACACUUUCAAAUA